AUGUCUGACAUGGAAAAGGCCAGCGCCGUGCGUCCCGCCGAUCACCUGGAAAAGGUUGAUUCGACGCCCAAGGAUGCCCAAGUCGUCGACACCGUCCACCAGGACGAGGCCAUGAAGGUCUUGGCCAACUACCAUGGCGAACUCGAGUGGGACGCGGCGGAAGAGAAGAAGCUCCGUCGCAAGAUUGACUGGAGGCUCAUGCCCGUCCUGUGUCUCACCUACUCGCUCCAGUACUACGACAAGGCCAUGUUGGGUCAAGCAGCCCUCUUUGGUCUUCGAACAGAUCUCGAUCUUCUCACCGGCAACCGCUAUUCCAUGUCCUCCUCCAUCUUCUACCUCGGUUUCAUCAUUGGCGCCUACCCCGUCAUGCUCCUCGCCCAGAGGUUCCCCGUUGAGCGCGUUGCUGCCGGCACCGUCGUUUUGUGGGGUCUCUGCCUCCUCCUCACCACCGUCUGCCACAACUACAAGGGAUUGUAUGCUCAGAGGUUCUUCCUCGGCGUCCUCGAGAGCGGUAUCAGCCCCAUGUUUAUGUUGGUCGUAGGCAGCUGGUACAAGAAGGAUGAGCAGGCGCUGCGUAUGGGUAUUUGGUACUGCUGCACUGGAUACGUCUCCAUCUUCUCCCCUUGA